CACGGUCUACCCACUAAGUGUAAGACAAGGGCACCCCCUUGUGGUUACUCAUAACUAACUAACUAACUAUACAUGUCAUUUUUAGGACCCCUGAAUAGGUCUAACAUUCGUCCUAUCCUGGCCAAAUUUUACAUUAAAGUGAUUUUUAAAAUAUGUUUUCUGUCCUGAAAGUGGCCCCCAUUUUUAUUUAAUUCUUUAUUUAUUACAACAUCUGGCGUAAACAGUCUUUUGCGCCAUUCUAAAAGAGGCCAAUUACGUUUAACAAUUAGAAAUUCCGAACUUUGGUGUUGUUUCCCACAGGUGAUUUGUUUAUAUUGAACUUCAAACCACUUGGCAAAGUUUUGAGUCAGAGGAACAGGAAAUGACAUUCACGGGAAACAUGACGCAACAACUGUAAAUCUCAACCAACCGAGCCCUCUUGAAAACGUCUGAUGGUUUGCCGUUCAUUUGCGAGAUGAAUAGGAUAGCAACUCUUGCAGCGCUUUUAGCUUUCUCCGUCUGCGUCAGCGGAGACUCUGAUUGCGAGAAGUGGAAUUUCUCUCCAACUUUUCAAACUGAAGACGGUUUCCAGUUGGCAAUGCCUUUUGCUCGAGGUUUCAUUCACGUUUCUCAAAAUGAGCGUAAUAUUGCUACGGUCAACUUCACCGCAACUCCGUGGAAAUUUACAUUGAGUGAAGAAGUCCUACAAAUGGAUAACGUGUCAAUAGUCCUAAAACACUUUAAGGACACCGAAAUAAGGGCCCGAUAUCGUGAUGGGGUAAUUGUUGAACUCUGUGUGCUCUACAAAACUAGUGGUGAGAGUGUCACAAAGAACAUCACCAGAGAUCCUGACAAAAACAGGAGAUAUGAGCUCGCUGCACAAAUAGAUUGCGAGAAGUGGAAUUUCUCUCCAACUUUUCAAACUGAAGAUGGUUUCCAGUUGGCAAUGCCUUUUGCUCGAGGUUUCAUUCACGUUUCUCAAAAUGAGCGUAAUAUUGCUACGGUCAACUUCACCGCAACUCCGUGGAAAUUUACAUUGAGUGAAGAAGUCCUACAAAUGGAUAACGUGUCAAUAGUCCUAAAACACUUUAAGGACACCGAAAUAAGGGCCCGAUAUCGUGAUGGGGUAAUUGUUGAACUCUGUGUGCUCUACAAAACUAGUGGUGAGAGUGUCACAAAGAACAUCACCAGAGAUCCUGACAAAAACAGGAGAUAUGAGCUCGCUGCACAAAUAGGUGGUGUGAUCUGUGGGGCACUUUUCGUCGUCCUCAGCGUCAUAUCUGCGGCCUGCUAUUGGAGGGGAAUCAAGAGCAGUAGGAACGCACGCAAUGGUUCGAGCCCUGGAGUAGAUGAAGUCGAGCUACAAGAGAAACUGCCAAUGGCUGCUGGCCAAGAUUUGGUUUGACUGGUUUCUUCUGUGCUAGAUAUUGGCGUGGAGUCAACACCUGGCAACAACUAAAGGAAAAUACAUCGAGAAAGUGGAGUUUCUUCAAAAAAUUUUUAGAAUCAAUAUAUUAUAUAUUACUCUAAACACAUAAUAUAUACAGGAAGUCCUCGAUUUACGAACGAGUUCCGUUCCUAUGCUGGCGACGUAACACGAAUUUCCGCGUAAGGCGGAUUUCACCGUUACAGUCGAAAUUUAACUCGAAAUAUUUCGUAUAAAGAAACUAAAAUAAAUUAAAAUAAAAAAAUACGAUGCUGUACUUACCAUUACUGCUGAGAGGUGGGUGGAGAAGAAGGAGGGGAGGCUGUGAGGGCUAUAGCUGAGGAAGCAUGUGCAGGUUCUACUGGCCACUAUAGUGCUGGGGACAAAAUGGCGGACGAGGCACGGGCGUCGUAAAGUCGAAACGUCGUAGGUUGAGUACGUCGUAACUCGAGGACACAAUGCUUUCCAUGAUGUGUGCCAUGAGUACAUGUAUUAGGUAUGUGACUACAAUUUUCAAAAUACGUUUAUACCAAAAUAGACAUAACAUUGGAUAGAGGAGUUUUUCACAAAUAAAAUGUGCCCUGGUUUGUAAGAAUCGGAUAAGGAUUAAGGAUUUUAUGCCACUGUUUAUCUCCAAAAUUUGCCACGGUUUUCUCCCCAGAAAUCAAUUAUUAAAUUAUUCGGAAACUUGUGACCGAAACCUUGACGCUUUGGUAGAAAAAUGCCCGGAUGUUCGUCUUAUUCGUUGAGAUGGAAAUGUGACGUUUCAACAAGAUGGCAUCUGCUCGAGCCUUCUGAGCAUCUUACUUUGAUGGUCAAACUGAGAGCACCACGAUGGUCAGAUUGACUUCAAACUCAACAGAAAACAAGAAUAAUAAUAGUGAAUCACCUACAAAUAGUUUUCUAUCACCGCCAAAUCGUAUGAACGUGUACUUUUCUACGUCGAAAUCGAGGUACAUUUUCACAACCACAGAAAAUCCCAACCAAAUUGAAAAAUUCAAAAAUGAGGUGGUAAAGGGAUUUAUUAACAACGUAAUUUGAAAAUAAGUAUUACCUCGCGUGAAAUAAUGAGAUAACACAAUUUUGGUAGACCUACGCUAAAUUCACGUACCCCAUUUCCAGGAACGUUUUUCUGGAUUUAGUAACAUACCUACAUGUACGACCAAAACAUCUUAUACAGUACUUUAUAUACACUGCAAUUGUAGUGUUUUUAUAUAUUGUAUAAUAUCAUAUUUAGUGAGACAAGUGGUACUCUGAAUGCCUGUUAUGCCAACAGCGCACAAGAUAUUACUUUCUCUUAAUAAUAAUAAUAAUAAGUCACUGAUUGUGUAGUGGUACACUUGCCUGACUUUUGUGCAGGCAGCGUAGGUUCACCUCCCACUCAGUGACGGUGCGAAUGGUUGUCCGUGCGACUGACUGACGACCAGCUCAGGGUGUAGUCCGCCUUUCGCCCGAAGUCAGCUGGGAUAGUUUUAACGCAUUAUUAAUCAGUUUUCGUUUUGCUUUUUUAGGGCUGUCUUUGAUUUUGCAUGAUUGUUCAUUUGCUUUCUUUUACUUCUUUUUUUUGUUUCAAAUGAAGAGCUCUUUUCCAAAAUGCUACAAAUGCAUAAAGAUUUGUAGAAAAAUGACAUUGACCCAGACGAGCACUUUUUUUCUCUCGCUUUUUGCAAACAAUAAUUUGAUCCUGUUAAAAGAAUUAUUUGGCGCAGUCUGAACGUCUUCAACAAUAGCUAACUUAACCCAUAACAAUGUUGUUGAUUGUAAAUCAGUUUAUUAUUUUAUUACAAACACAGAAAAUAUUUAGUUUGGCUGAUCAGUCUGAUCUGGUGUCUAAUGCAUAUUGGAAUCGAGCGCUUGAAAUAUACAAUAUACUGUAUCCAUUUUUUCAAUAUUAUACUUCUAAUCAUUUUUGGCAAUGUGAUUGAGUUAAAUUUGUGAGUGCAAAAGGAAAGGUAAAAAUAAAUGUUAACUGCAAAUAAA